AUGUCUGACAGGGGCAACAGAUUGAACCGAUCCCAUAGCUGCCUCUCCAAUCUGCAGGCGGCGGAUUCCACAGUAUUACCCAGAGAUCGAGGGUCUGCACGUAGCACCACAGCUCUGGGAUGGCUGGUGCUCACUCGUCCUUCAUUUAUAAAGAUGUACCUGCCCGCAUGGGGUUGGGAGUCUAGGAAGGCACUCAGUCUCUUCCCUGCCGUCCGCAGCCCGCCCCACCGCCUCGGGGUCGGCUCCGUCGCACUCCGCUGGGCCGUCCCAACGCGGCAGUCGGACAAUGCCGCGGAGGCCGCAGGGGGAGGCUGCGGCGGCAGAUUGCGGGACGUCGCGGGGACCCACUCGUCCUCUCUUUGGAGGCGCUCUCCUCAGGAAGCCAAGCGAGGUCGGGGAGGAGGAGUAAGGAAGACCCGGGUGGGACUACGCUGGGCUCUGGCAGUAGGAGGGUCAACAGACCAGGCGGAGCCCAAAAGCCCGCAGGAGCGCGUGUUUCCGCCUCGGUGGGCGCUAGGAAACACCCCAGACUCUGGGACCCCCGGGGAAAGCCGAGGGAGGCUUAUUGGAGCUUCUUCCGAAACAGACCCCAGUUUCCAAGGAGCCAGACCAAGAUGCCAGACGGAUGAUAUGGAUGAUGGCCUGUUUUUCCAAGUCAUUAACUUGGACACAGCUUUGGGGCCAAAUGAGAAGCUACAUCCAAACCAUUCUAAAAGCCUGGGUGAUUGGUGGAACUGACAAAGGAAGGACCCUCAGUCAUUCACUGCUGUGGGAGCAUUUGGGGAGUGUGAUUGCCUGUGACAACUCACGGUUCAGUGAUUCCAUUGUUGCAUGAAGGCCUGGUUUCACUGAUACUAAGAGAAAAUGGUGCGUUUGUCCUCACAUGGGUUAUUCAAGGUGACACUGUCAAAGACAUUUCCAAUACUUUUUUUCCCCUUUAGAACUUUGUUCUUUCAAUUUGGCCAUUAAAUUGG